AUGAAGUCAAUUUCUACAAAUUUAACUGACGUGUCAUCACAACCAACGGGUGUUUCAAAAAUGUGGAAUGGCAUCGUUACAGAAUUGGUAUUUAUUGAGAAAGAAGUCGUGAUGCUUUAUGGGACUGAGGAGGAAAAUAAUCUAGAUGAUCAAGACAAUAAUUCUCUACCAUCAACUGAACAGGAUUCGGCAGUAAAUAAAGACAACUCAGAUACCGUACGAGCUCCUUAUGCUCAUUCAAAUUCUUCCUAUUCAUCCAUAAAUUCAAAUCGCCCAAAAACAUCGAACCAUAUAGAUAAAUUGUUUUCUGAUAGAAUUGAGAUUUUUGGAAUUGUUGAAGUUGGAAAGCCAGGAAUUGUGAUGGGAUGA